AUGGCAUCGACAUCGUAUAAGGGAUUCAUGGAGGAGCAAAAGAUCAUGGCAGGCCCUCCUUCUCCUGAGCAGCUGUCUGCUCUCGAAAGCCUCUUUUCCAACUCCAAAACGUCCGUAUCUGAUGUCGCACUUAACAUCACCCGGCCUUACCUGCGGGCUAUUCGAGAGAGCCCUAGCAGCCGGUCAACUCCCGCUGAAAGCCAGUGCUCCCGCAUCUGGCGCACGAUCAACAAUGCAGUCAAGGAGCUGACCGAGUUCAAUGAUAAACUAGCGGAGCUUGUAUUUGAAAUGCACCAAGUUUCUGAUUCGCAUGGCGCUGAUAUUCUGAUGACGGACUUCAACCAGGAGUGGGCAGAGUUCGCGUGGAACUGUGAACCAUUUGUAGUCAAGCAGCCGGCUUCUACUGACCUAGACCGUGAGACCAAAAUACAGGCCUGGAUCAACAUGAAUGCCUUCUGCUCCAAGCUCACCACACACGGCAACCCCAAGCUCAAUAUGGUAUCAGAUGCAGACUGGGUCAUCAGGCGUACCCUUGAGAAGACCCCAUGGGAGGUCUUCCAUCACCCUGACAUCGAUGAAGAAGAGGACUUCAUGGAGGAUGCCUUUCUGGACUAUCGCGACUAUGAACUUGAGCAACGGGAUGUCCGGUCUCUCAACUACUGGGUUCCUGGAGCAGCAGCGUGGUUUAAACUCAACUCCAAAGUGAUAUACGGAAUGGAGGGACCCAUGUCACAUGAGCAUGACUGGGAUGAGACUAACUGGAAGGGCACAAAGGGUUGGUCUAAAAAGCGCUUCGCGUACUGGAUCGAGCGCUUUGAGUGGAUCAGCAAGGUUACAGCUCUUGAAAAAUCGACUAAGCAGCUGGCACAGGAAUGUGCUGAUGUCAUGAAGCGAGUGCAGGGAAAUUCAGGCCCCUGA